GAGAUUUGAUGAAAACCUUGGACACUCCCGGGAAAACCGGGAGAGUUGGCAGGUCAGCAUCAAGUUCUACAAAAUCCCCAAGUGCAAACAGACCCAAUAGUAAGCAAGAUACAACCAUUUGAAAACAUAAAAAUUUACAAAAAAAUGUAUGGCCAUCCGGACGCUGUGUCCGGAUGACCAAAUAUUUUUGUGUAAUUUUGGCGUUUUUAAAUGGCUGUAUCUCAGUCAAAAGUAGCCUGAUUAACACUAAACUUGAUGAUGUAGUGAAUCUCGGUGUGCUUUUUCUGACUAUGUGGAUCAAUAGCUGCUAAUCCCAUAAUUUACAGACUCAUACCUAGUCCUUUUCGGCUUGAAAUCAGUCAAUGGGCUAUUGACCCGUAGCCCGCAAGGGCUACGGGUCUAAUUGUUAAAUACUACCAUGUUUGAAACACGCAAGUUACUCUGGGAAACUGUUCAGGCGAUUCAAGAUGGCGGACAUAAACGCUGUCAACCGGCGUCUUUUGGAGAUCGCUAUCUGCGCUAUACUGCGUGAACAAGGAUUUGCAUCAGCUUCCAAGAUAGCGUUGGAGACCCUCACCGAAAUGCUGCAAAGUUACUUGUCAGAACUUGGACACAGCUGCAAACUUAGUUGUGAGCUCUCAGCUCGUGUAAAACCAACACUUAGUGAUGUUAAAGUUGCUCUGAUUGACAUGGUACAGGCUUUCAGACAGUCAAGCAAAGAAUAUCAAGCAGUAAGAGAGAAGUACGCUGCCCAGAGAAAAGAGAUAGAAGAAGGUUUAUCUAAGUUUUUAGCCAAGACAGCUGAACUCAGUUCUGGAAUCUGUGAAGGUUUAGACGCGCCAUCGUUUCCAUUACUGGUGAACGAAUUGAACGACUUGCCAUACUUGCCCGCUGUGGGUGACUUUGACGAAACAGAGCUUCAAGAACAGGAUGCACCACUUAAUAAAGAGUUACUCCCAAAUGGCGUGUUACCUACCAGCUCACAAGGCACGGACUCAUUCGACAAUCCUUUCCUUCGACCGGCUAAACGGGCGCGGAAAGUUGCCAAACCAAGCUGAAGUGCUUUGGGAUUUGGUGAACUGUCGCCUGGGAGCGAACAAUCUCCGACAGCACUCGACAGAUAAUCCUCAGUCCGAUCCGAUUCGUACUAAGCAAUCAGAAUGGUCGGAACAAAUACCGAGCGUAAUCCGAUCAGAAUCCGAUUGUUCACGUUGUCUUUCGUUCCUUGCAAGAGACUUUUAAAAUUGAAUUUAUUGUACAUAUAACGUGCCAAAGACGGAUAAGCCUUCUUUAAUUGUU